UCUUGCUGGAAUGUCGGCUUUGGGCGGAAGUGGCUUUCUUGACCGGGAGAAACGAGAUGGGGGUGAAGGUGGAGGUAUUUCGGAUGGUACUCUACCUCACUUUUCCUGUGGCUAUGUUCUGGAUUUCCAACCAGGCCGAGUGGUUUGAGAACGAUGUCAUACAGCGCAAGGUGGGCAUAAGAGGAAUGUCCAAGGGUUCAUUCCAGAGGUGGGAGAGGGUGCAGGGCACCAAUCUGCUGGGGACCCAUGUUUGCCUCCCAUGGGCCUACCUUGCCCUGGGUAUGGGGCUCUGGAGGCUCUUGACUCGUGUCCCAGUUGUGACUUUUCCCUACAGAGGGAGCUAUGGCCGUCUGAUAAGCCACCUACACAGAAUCAGGAGACAUCUGAUGAUCUUACAAGGAUACCAGUGACGCUGCAUGAGGGGCCACCUACUCCUGCAUGAUCUCAUCAUCACCGCUCAUAUCUACAAUGACCCCAUUUCCAAAUAAGGUCCAACUGGGAGAUACUGGGGAUUAGUACUUCAUAUCUUUUGGGAGUUGGGGUGGGAUGGCUGGCCCUAUCAACUCUCCCUCCCCGCAAGGGGUCAGGCUGAGAAGCUGGAGGUGGUUGGUUCCCCUCUAGGACCUGGAGGGGCCCCUGCCUUCCCCUGCUCAAAACUCUUUCCUGGGCUCCAGUUCUCAAGACAAAACCCAAACAUCUUAGGAUUGUGGAAGUGUUCUAAAAUGGAUUGUGGUGAUGAAUGUACAACUCCAAAGAUACUAAAAGCCAUUGACUUAUGCCCCUUA